AUGUAUCUCGCGCUCUCGGCCGUGGACUUCAGCGUGGCGUUCGCGCUCGUGCACGCCGUCGGCGUCGAGCGCGUCGAGCCGUACACGCACCGCCUGGUGGCGUGGUACCGGGAGCUGCGGCACGGGGCGGCGGGCGCCGCGGCGCUGGAGCGCGCGGACGCGGCGCGCAAGGCGGCGGACGAGGCCGAGGCGGCCGCGGAAGAGGCUAUUGCGGGCGAAAAGGGAGGGGAGAAGCGGUGGUGGAACAAUAAGGCGUUGUGGGCUGAGGUCGCGCUCGCGUACUCGAUCCACAAGGUCGGGUUUAUGCCGGUGCGCGCGGGGCUGACGGUGGCGUGGACGCCCAAGGUUGUCAAUUGGUUGCGGGCGCGCGGGUGGAUCGGCACGGCCGGGGCGAAGCGGGCUAUGCAGCAGGGCCAGGACCGGAUGCGCGGCGCCAUCCAGCAGGCGAAGAACGCGGCCAAGGACGCGACGCGCUAG